AGAAAUCAUUCUGCGAACGAAGCUUACUUCCAAUAGACGUUUUUUUCUAACUGCGAGAGUAACGAAUAGUACAAAACAAUUUUAUGCAGUUCAUGAAAAAACUCCUAUAGUUUCCACUGUGACUAUUAAUGCUCCCAAACCAACGAGAAUACAAUAUGCUGAAUCGAUCCGCAAAUUUAUGUGAAACUACAAAUCGAUUCGUUUUAGAAUUACAUAUCAUCAAAUUCAUUGAAAUAUUUGAGGUUUACUGAUGAUUUCAAUUCAAAGCAUCAUCAAAUCAAUAGAGGUGUACUGUCAUGAAAAGUACAAAAGCUGCUGCAUUCUGAUUCUGAUAUUGUUAAUAGUUUUUGAUUGAUAUUCUUUCGAAAACGACUUACCACUUGGCUGAGAACGGCUGUUCCAAUCGAUGCACUACAGAAAGCACAUGCAGUUUUUUCAUAAAUUAAACACAGUAAUAUCCGGGGAAUGAAAAGAUGUAGUGGUGAAACUAACGGUAUAACGUGUGUGCGUAUCGUCGGCUUGUUUACGUUCAUUAUGUGUCAUUUUCAUUCAUGGCGAUAAAAAAGUGUUUACCCCGUGCUUGGAUUUAGUCCGACAAAUCAAAUAAACCGUUGCAAAAUAGCGGAGAUAGGAGCUAUGGGAUCGUUUCAAAUAUCAUUUGAUUCAGCUCUUUGCGUAAUUUUCUACGUUACAUGUUUACUUUAUUCUUUCUAUAAAAAUUAUGAAAUCAGCAACGAUGGACUUCAAAACUUCUAUUAUCUCGAAGAAGGCUGGACAAUUUUCAAAGGCCGCCGUCGCGAUGAUUACGACUGGGAAUGGGAAAUCUAUAAAAAGUUCACUAUUGACAAUUCACUAAUCUUCAUAUUUCACGUGGCUUUCUUUGAAAUUAUUCGUUAUAUGCGUUUCAAACAUAUUUCUUCAGCGUUAACAUUGUUUGGAUGUGGAGCAGUGCUUUACAUCUACGGCAUUAAAGUUUUAAUAAUUCUUCUCCUCCAAAACAUAACAUUUUUUGGCAUCAGCCUGUGGGGCCGAAGUGUUUAUCUUCUGUGGAUCAAGGCGUUUUUGUGGAUAGCAAUCAUUAACAUCGUAAAAAUUUUAUAUUUUUAUGACCAACUGAACAUUUUGCUUGAUAUAGACAACGAUAAACUGUUAGAGUUUAGCAUCAUUAUCUCGUGGAACGUUAUAAAAUGUACUUGUUUUUGUUUGGAUAAAACCAAAACAAAAGACAGUAACGAACACUACCGACUGAUUGAUCUUCUGGGAUAUUCAUUCUACUACCCUUUGCUUUUGUUCGGCCCGGUAAUCAUAUAUGAUCGAUUUAAAGAAUGUCGAAAAAUUGGUUGGUCUUUCGAAAGUUUGAACACACUGAAAAGAAUGAAAACUUUGGCUUGGCGGCUUUUCGUGUGUUUCUUUUGGGCUCUUGUCAUGGAAAUUGGACAACAUUUUUUCUACAUCAACAUCAUUCAGUUGGAAUUGAAGUUAUUACAAAAUACAAAUCUAUGGGUACUCUAUGGAUUAGGUUAUCUCAUGGGACAGUUCUUCUAUAUAAAGUACGUAAUAUUCUACGGCAUCGGGAUCGCAUUCGGCAGUUUUGAUGGUCUGGAUAUGCCACAGAAACCUAUUUGCAUCGGAAGAGUUCAUCUAUACUCUGAUAUGUGGAAGUUCUUCGAUCGUGGUCUUUAUGAAUUUUUGUUCAGAUAUAUCUAUACUCAACUUUGCACAAAAACUUCGUCUGGCACGAGAAAAAUUGUGGCAAGCUCUGUUACCUUCAUUUUUAUUUACAUUUGGCACGGUCUGUAUACGUUUGUUCUGAUAUGGUCAGCACUAAAUUGGAUUUGCAUUGUUCUGGAAGGAUUCGUAAAGAAUAUUUUCGGAAUCAACUCAAAAAUGGGAGCCAUUGUAGGAACACAUGUGUUUAUUUUGUCUGUGUUGUCCAACUUUUUCUUUUUCGCUCGAGAAGAAGUCGGUUACAUCUAUAUAAGGAGGACAUAUUACGAAAACCUUAGCAAUUACUUGGUACUUUAUGUUGUGGCAUACUGUUUCUACCGGACUGGUGAAUGGAUCAAAUCGGUCGAAAAUAACCGAAGAAAUCCUUUGAAAAAAUGCUUCUAAACCAUGCCUAGAAUUUGCGCACAAGAGAUAAUAAAGCAUCAUUAUUCUUUA